AUGGCAUAUCUGCUCGAAGGUAUACUCCUACCGAAUGAUUACGGUGGGAAACUACGUGUUUCGGACGACGGUAACUCUAUAGAGAAUGGUCCGGAGUAUUCUAAGCUGGUCUAUGCUUCUCUCAAGAACUUGGUACCGGCUAGAGCCUUACAAUCUCUCAUCUAUGACCACUAUGAAAAGGGUACUAGAGUCUAUCAGGAUACCAACGGUGACUUUGUGACCAUGCCUGCUAGUACUGAUGGCACUGAUCAGUCUAAAAUCACCCUACGCCGAGCCAAACAGCUAGUUGCUGGUAAGUUCUCAUCUAGCUCUAAUGACCUCGUUCGGGAAGAUUGUCCACCACUUCCGCAUAGUGAAGAACGCCCACUGUCUCCGAGGUCUAAUGGUUCGGCCGGUUCUAUCGAUUGUCAGGAUUCAACAGCAGUCGAAGCCUCUAGUUCGGUGCAGCCACCAGAUUAA